UGACAAAUAUUCUCCUGCUCUCCAAGAGAAACUGUGUCUCGCUACUCUUUCAUUGACGAUUGAACUCUGCGACUACAAAGUAUGUCUGUGAAUGUACUGGCCUGAAUAUGUCAUUGUAUUCCGGGAAGCUAUGCGGCCUGUUUCAUUAAAUGUUGUCGUAGGUGUAUGCAAAAUAUGCUGUAGGUCAGUGGAUGCAGGGUUUCAUCAAUCAACUUCUCUUUGCCUUUGACAAUAGACACAAUCAAGACCUCGUAUCAUCAUGUCACAUCUUUCAAGGACAUUCAAAACAGGGCCUUGGGAAAUCUUUCAACGACAGUGACUGACAACCGUGGGCGACUGUGCAGGGCUCUAUUUUAUGGCGUUGACCGCAAAAUCAUAGCAUUUUGGGUCCCAACGUUCUGCCACUGAUUACUUGAAGCUUGAUAAGUCUCAGAGCUGCUUGUUCAGGUGUAGGCCUUAUUGCAAUAGCUUCAUGGUCUCAUUUUGACUCAAAGACCCAUAAAUCUUCCAACAGACAAGUCAAACCCUCCUUUAGACCUGUCUUUACCCUCCAGCGUGUCCUUUACCACACCUACUUCUCCUCGUUACAUCCUGCCUGCUUUAUAAUGCAGUGAACAGGAUUCAUACAGAAAGUACUGUACAUACCGUAUCUAGUCACUGUUUCCUGUCAGUCCUCCACUUCCUGACCUCCGGCAUUAUUGAACAUUAAUGAAGAAGCCAAGCGGAUUCACUUCCCACAUUUUUUUUUAUGUCCAUCUCUUAUUGAAGAAUGGAUCAAUCUCGCAACCUCAGCGGCUCUUUACGUGGAGUUUUUCAGAUUCAUCCAUCCAUUUUCUGUACUGUUCAGGGUCAUGGGGAAGCUGGAGUCUGUCCCAGCUGAUUUAGGGCAAGAGGCGCAAUACACCCUGGACUGAUCACCUGUCAAUCACAGGGCAGAUAUAGACAAACACCUAGUCACACUCACGUUCACAGAUUUUUAAAUUAACCACAACAGAGUCUCCUACAGUUGACAGGUACAGGUAUAUGAUCUCCACAGCAAAUCGCCAGAGUCUCUUAUUAGCGCUGGGUCCAAACAGUGCAUCCAGGCAAAUUCCUGAUGUACAUUUACAUAAAUUCCACAAGAUGGCAAUAGCUGAAUUUUAAGUAUAAUAAGUGGUCAGUAUCCAGCAGCUUUAUCUACCCCUGCAUGCACUUUAAAAUGUUGGUUGCGCUACUCAACUGUUGGUGUGAAAGUCACGCAUGUUACACUAGCCAUUCUGUUGUUUACAAUGAACUCAGUCGGAUUAAUGCAGGCUGAGCAGUUUGCUCCUUCUUGCUAUUACAACAUUGGUUCUUCUGCUUCUGUGUUGUGCAAUAUAAUUAACAAAUGACUGUAUAUAAUGUAAGGAGUUUUCACAUUUCAGAAAUAACAGCCUCACUCCGAUUGUCGCCUGGUUAACACCUCGUUGUCUAUGUACUUUUGUUAAAUAAACAUCCCAGCUAUAAUUAGACCAUUGACAGUAUACCAGGUCAUCACAGGAGCUGAGGGCGGUCCCAUCUGACUUUUGUAAUCUACCAUUGCAAAUAGGCAUUGAGUGAGAAUUGAUCGUACGCCGUUUACACCAAGGUCAGCUAUGUGAACCAUUACACUACCAACAGCCCUUAAAUCAAAUGAGCUUUCUUCUCAUUGCCACACUGAAGUGAUGAUUCUCUGUCCGCCAGUGGAUGUGCUGUGUGAUUAGCUCUACCUACCUACUGUGAAAGCCAGUUUUGGAAUGAAUGUGAAAAGUUUGAGAAUAGGACGUGUCCGUGUGACAGAUGCGAUUAUAUCAUUCCCACAUUCCCAUUGCACAUGCAGUAAUUACAAAUGCAACACGUGAUUGUAGCCAGAUUGUACCUCCAGGCUGUGUGCUUGCUUGUGCAUGUGUGUUGAUUUUACGCUCGGGGAGAGACAGCGGACACAUCUGUGACUUUGUCCAAUGUAACCGACUUUUCCGAUGCCGCCACGUCUGGGUUUUUUUUUUGUACUUCUUCUAAAUUUGUCCUCCCAACACACACGCUCUCGCUUCUAGAUUCUUCAUUUGUUAUUUGGACGUGUCCCUCUGUUGCUGUGAUUUUCUCCUCACGCUUCUCCUCUCCUUGUCUCGUCUCAAUUCAUUACCCUCCUCCCCUCCUUCCCCCAAUCUAGCUUGUGUAGUAGCCCUCCUCUGCUCCUCCCCCACGUCCAUCAUUCUUUCACUCACUGGCCCAAUUAAGCGUGGGGAGAGACACAGCGGGGGGAGAGUCGAAGAGGUGAGGUGAGGAAGAGGCGGAGGACAGACAAACGAGUGAAGGCAGUUUGAGAGUCAGUAUCUGAGCAAACAACUGCCACCAUCCUUCCAGGACACACACACCGUGAAUUGUCUGAACUUCACCUGGAACUUAAACAACCUCUGACAGCCUCUGAGGUGGCAGCUGUGGGGGCAGAGCGGCGAGAAGACAGUCCUGCUCACAUUCUCGAUGAGGGAACGCACGGAAUAACAAUCCAGCCUCUGUGAUGAGGAUGCUGUGUAGUCUCAGGAUGGCUGGAGAGAUACGACACAUGGAGGGAGACUGAAGAGUUGAAGACGUCUGUGACUGGUGGGGCGGUGGUGCAAGAUUGUUGACUUGCAGAAUCAGAGAGAGAGGAGGAUCAGGGAAAAGGAUGCAACUGUUCUUCCGAGAAAAGUGGGAGGUGGAGGGUCUGCAGACUGUGGGCAUCCUCUUGGUGGUGUGCAGCUCCCUCAAAUUGAUGCACUUUUUGGGGCUUAUCGACCUUACCACGGCAGGUAAGACUAAUGACAGCUUAGAAGAUGACUUUGAGCUCUCCACUGUGUGCCAUCGGCCCGAAAGCAUGGACAAGCUGCAAGAGCAAACAAAGUUCACCAAAAAGGAGCUGCAAGUUCUCUACAGAGGCUUCAAGAAUGAGUGUCCGAGCGGCGUGGUGAACGAGGAGAAUUUUAAGAACAUCUACUCCCAGUUCUUUCCUCAGGGAGAUUCGAGUAUGUAUGCACACUUCCUGUUUGAAGCCUUCGACACUGACAAGAACGGCUCAGUUAGCUUUGAGGACUUUGUGUUCGGCCUGUCAAUCAUUCUGAGGGGGACCAUUAAUGACCGGUUAAACUGGGCCUUUAACCUCUAUGACCUGAACAAGGACGGCUGCAUCACCAAAGAGGAGAUGCUGGACAUCAUGAAGUCCAUCUAUGACAUGAUGGGGAAGUACACAUACCCCACUAUGCAGGAUGAUGCACCAAGAGAGCAUGUGGAGAGCUUCUUCCAGAAAAUGGACCGAAAUCAAGAUGGGGUGGUUACUAUAGAGGAGUUUAUUGAGUCGUGUAAAAAGGUAAGACACCGACAGGUACAGUAUUUCACAAAGGUGAGUACAACCCUCACGUUUCAGCUGCCAUUUUAUUACAGUGUAUCUUGGCUAUAGCUUAACAGUACAUGUUGGAAUUUGCCUCAGUGAAAUGCGGCUCCCCAGUGCUGGCAGCACUCAUGUAGCCCCACCACCAUCAUGCUUGACUGCAAGCAACACACAAUUAUCUUACUUGGUUGUGUUGCCAACUACUAAUCACUACAAUAUUGGCUCCGUGUUGAGUCAUAUUGAGUAGGUAGUAAAUCUAUACUGUUAUACAAGCUGUGUACUGACGAAAGUACCAUCAUUUACUGUGUAUAAGCCUCUACUUUUUUCUUAAAAUAUGAGCCUUGCGACAUACAGCAGUGCAGCUAAUUUAUGGCUAAGUUCUAAUCCAGUGACAUCUCCUUUACUUCAGAACUACUACUAAUGGUUUAAAUACUGUGCCGCUCGCGAGUCAGUGAGGAAACAGUAGCUUCUCCUUUAGCAGGAGCAAAUCACGAGCUAUCAGUGCACUUACGAAGAGCUUGUCAACCCAUUGGAGAUCUCAGAAGGUCAUUAUAUAUAUAACAUUAUAACAUUCUGACUCACGGUGUAAUCUUACAAAAAAACACUAAACUCAUCACACAGCAACUUAACACUCAAAAGGUACACUUGGGAAAUAUACAAACAUGUACCAAUACAAGUUUAAAAUGAAAAAAAAAACAACUCUUUUAAAGUUUUUCCAUAAUGCAUUGCAUCUGAGCAACACAUUCACUGGUGCCUGCUGGGGCACUGCAAUGACGUCAGCCUCCCUCUGGGAUCCGGUCUCCUCUGGCUCCCAUGGGGGACAGAUGACACCGUGAGUCAAACGGUUAUAUUGAGUAAUGACCUCCUGCAGUGUCCAAUGGGUUGACAAGCUCCUUGCCACAAUAUGACAUUUUAUGAUGUGGACAUGUGCGUUUUAUAAUCCGGUGCGGUUUACACAUCGGAAAUUACGGUACAUUCAAGUUUAAAGCCUUUAAAAUGCCAUGCUUUAUUUUAUUAAAAACAUGUUUUAAAAUGGUUUAAACAAUAAUACAUUUUAGACAUUCAGAAACAAUUACAGGCAAACGGUACUCAAUUGCUCAGUACUCAGUGCUCAGUUUCAACACAAACGCAGUUCAGCUCGCACUCGUCACUUCCUCCUUGUCCACCAAUAACAUUAACAGCAAGGUGCUUUCACGUGCAGGUAAACAACCUCAUGACUUGUGCUGCUGGCAAAUUUUCAGUGAAUUGACUUGUGAGACGGCGCUCUCUGUUUGAUUCAUAACUGCAGCAUUUUGUUCCCCUUGCAGAUAGCGCCAUUAAACCACUUUAUAUUUAAGUUACUGAAAAAAAUAUAUAUAUGAAGAAAGAAUUCUGUGAAUAGGCGGGGCUCUACUGUAACUUUUCUUAGAUACCGCAGAUGAGCUUUAAGUGACUUCAUCCCAAACUGUCCUGUCUCUCUAGGAUGAGAACAUCAUGCAGUCCAUGCAGUUGUUUGAUAACGUCAUCUAAGAAAGAGGCUCAGGGAGGGUGCUGGUCCCGGGAAGUGGGGGGUUCAAAGGUAUCAGGUUUGAAAACAGAGUUAGUGUGUGUGUGUGUUUGUGUGUGGGUGUGGACCUUUUCUGGAUUGGAAGCUAGAGGGAAGCAACAGCCCCCCGGUGAAGCAACAGUGGAAGACUCUUCCUCUCAUCCCUGUAUGGAGGAACACUGGAAAAGAAGGCAAGCAGCAGGCUCACAGACACGAGCACAAGCCCCCCUUCACCUCUUUGAUUUUCUUCCCCUUGCGGAUGGACCUCUAAGACCUCUAGAUCCAUGUGAUCCUGAUCCAGACUUUGUGCAUGGGGCACUGCUGUGAAAUAGAAGUCAAUCUGACGCACACACCGGUCGAGAGGGACAUUACUGACAAUUGGGAGGCUCAAACAUGUUUUGGAUUGGAACUGAUUUCAGUAUCGCAUGAUGAUGUCACUUAUAACGUUAUUUACCGAGGCGCUCCAAAGUCUGCUUGUCCGUCUGCUGUUUCCCGGUCAUCCACAGGUGCCUCACCCUUUGUGUGCGUGCAUGUGCAAGAGGAACGACCUCCGUCAUGGCUAUGGAAGAUUAGACUGGAAACACCCCCGCCCCUUUUCUCUAGUCAUAGGAUUGUGGUAGGAUAAUUCCUGGCCUUCCAAACAAUUCCAACAAAACAAUUGGUCCCAGUCGUUCUAGCCUUUAAAAUAAGCACGAGUAGAAGGCAAGGCUGUGUUUGUCAACUUGUUGUGAUCAGAAGAGUCAUGUCGUCAUAGCAGGUUCUUCCACUUUUAGAUAAAAAUUUAACAAACUAUCGUUUUGCAACAAAAUAGCAGGUUUUCAGAGUGUGAGGCGCAGCAGCGAGAGAAAAACAAAUAACGUAAAAUACAGUGGAACCUCCAAAGUGAAACGCCAUAAAACCCAAAAUUGUGUGCGUGUGUGUGUCGUCACAAAAGUGAAACAUUUCAAACCAUCGUCUUGUGACGACAAGACGACAUUUUAGCUGAGUGUGCAUCUCACAGAUUAACACCAUUUGUGCGUUUUAUUUCUUCUUUGCCAAAUUUGUUUCCACUGCAGAAAGGUAAAACAGAAAUGUGAUAAUAGACCCAAAAAUGGAACUGCUAAACAUACCUGUAGGAAAGGGUCUGGAUACUCAGUGCAAUAUUACCAAAACAAUGAUAACGCAAAUACGUUUUUAUACGCUACACAACGCAUUCAUUUUAGCAGUACUUAUGAAAUGGUACAAGGUGACCGUAUUACUCGGCAAACACCUUGCUGGUCCAUCUCCAUUACUGUACAGGAAUUUUCAAAUGGUGAGUAUCCAUCCAUCCAUUUCCUCUGCCGCUUGUCCAAACAGUGAGUAGUUUUACUUUAUUUUAGUUUUUAGUAAUUAUAUACAGACCUUAUCUUACUAUUAUUAUACUAGUAUGACAGUUAAGAAUGUUCAAAUGUAACUUAAAACAUUGCCUGUACAGUUAAUAAAAGGUAUUACUAUGAGUCAGGAACAAAUUCAUUCGUACACUACAUUAUUUCCUAUGGGAAUAUAGUGUUGAAAUUGUUUGACUUUGGAGGUUUGACAAUUUUUACAGCUUUAAAUGCAAAAUGGAUCAAGUACGGAAGGCCCCAGCUGGCUCGCUGUCGCACUUUCAAAACCCAUGAUUUACGGUAGGCUAAAUCCACAUUGUAAUUCCACAAAAAAAAAAAAAAGUGUGUAUGUACUGUUAAAAAUCCCAUCUUCCCAUUUUCUCUGUAACACCAAAGAAAAGACAUUUCGCUUGUCUAUUACAGGAAUAAAGAAAUGUGUUGUAAGUUGGCAAGGACCAAUCAGAACCCUUUUUUGUUUCCAGUCUUAAUGUUAACAGAUUACAUAUAAGUGCAUGAAGAAAUUGCUUUCUUCCCCCCAGAUGAAUGACUGUACACAAAUAGACAGCAAUAAUCACUUUCCACACCUUUCCGUGAGAGAACACGAUAGAAUCAUAAUCAAUUUUUAUUAUAUUUAAAUCUGAUUGCUCCUCGCCAGUCUUCAGCUCCAACAAGUGAGAUCCGGUUAUUCCCCGCAUGUAAUCUGUCUAGAAUACUGACAACUAACCUGUUCUACCGACUUCUGUUAGCGAGCCUCUCAACUAGUUGCAUUACAUAAUGAAAAUAUGUAUAUUUUGUACAGAUAUAAUAAAAUCACAGUUACUAUGCAAACUGACUGUACAUGAUUUUAUUAGUCAUACAUCAACAUUUUUAUCCAUAAUUUAUCAUGACUAUGUUCACAAUUUAUAUAUACAUUUUAUACAAUAAAACCCAGCUCAGCUUGAAAGCAGAGUAUAGUAGACACAAUUUUGCAUUUCAGACAUAAAAAAUCUUCAAGUCUUAAGCACUUGAAAAAGGUACUGCAGUGACACGAAAUGCUGUUCUUUCGUUAGCUCAAAACAAACCUGUGUGCAUAGAGGUGCUUUCUCACUGGGGGGAGGUGACAUCCCCUGGCUUCAUGAUUGGGCUACUCCUGGAUUAAAUGUGUCCAACAUUAUUUGGGCAUUUUUCUGAGCUCGGCCAGAACCCAAAUGGCCAGUGAGAGAAGUGCCACAGAUCCAGACUGGUGGGUUGCUGCCAGCGGAGUGGGCACAUACAGUAACAAGGUGCUGAUUCCCAGUGCAACCUGAGGAACCAGAACAUUGUUCAAGACUUGUUCUAGUUUCCAUGCAAUGGACUUGCUAUAGGCACAAUUACCUGUCCGUACGCCAUUGCUGCCAGGAGACUGAUGGCUAUCUUAGCUCUCCUAGGAAGCACCAUCCUUCUGGAGAAGAGAUAGAGCCCAGUGAUGGCUGUCAAAGAGGUGAUUGCCUGGAGAACAACAGAGGAAGAACUGUCUUGAUGAGAACGAUGAGCAAGGCACAGGUUACAAAGUGCCUGUUCUGACAAACUGACGCACAAACAUGUCCCAGACCAUGCUCAAAAAUAGACUUACCAAGAUCCUGUGGUCAAACUGAACAGUUGUGGGGUUUUCAAAGAAGUUCUUCAGGGUGGGAGAAAAGGCCAUCAGGUCAUCCGGGACCCAGCGUUCUCCCAUCUUAGGGAACGAGUUGUACACCAGGCCAGCAUCUAAUCCAGCGACAAAAGCACCUGAAACAAAUAUUUGUGUUACGUACUGGUGUGCAUGUUUGUUUGUUAUCUACUGACAUCUAGGGUGCAUGUACAUGUAAAUAAUCAUUAAAUGGCCAUUAGA